AUGGUGACAGCACCUUGUCAAGAGGCAGAGGAUGAUCUUGAUUACAAGGCAGAGUCUGGUUACGUUCUAGUUAUAAAUAACUUCGUCUUUCCUAAGAGGCGAGAUGUUUAACGCUAUGGGUCACAGCAAGAUGUGAAAAAUCUUAUUAGUCUCUUUGAUGAUUUCAACUUCAAAACCUGAAUAGUGGAGAACAUGAAUCAAAGUCAAAUGGUGGAAAUACUCAGAAAAACCGCAGAGAAAGACUUCACCAAAUAUGAUUGUUUUCUUUGCAUAAUCCUCAGCCAUGGUCUUGACGAUGGAAUUUAUGGAACUGAUAAGGAGGUGAUUAAAACUGAAGCAAUCACUUCCUAUUUUCACCGAGAUGCAUGUCCAUCGCUUGAAGGGAAACCAAAGAUAUUUUUGAUCUAAGCUUUCCGUGGCAUUCAACAGGACAAGGUAUCGAUCGAGAGCGAUAGUGAACCUGUUCCACAUGCAGGGUCUCGUCCGCCAGCUGAUGCUGAUUUUCUUAUUUGUUUUGCCUCUUCCCCUGGUCACCAAUGUUACAGGUAG